CGGCUCUUUUCGUCACCCCUCUUUACUCCUCGUUCCUCUCCGUCACUUUCCGUCAACUCCGAGUAGGCUCGGCCUGCUUCAUCUCACCAUUUCGCUUUCCUCUUUGUCGCUCUCUGAUAAAUUUCGUGACUCUUCGUCACUGUCCGUCAGUCCCCGUCACUUUCCGUCAAUUCUCGCCACUUUCCGUCGCUCUCCACCGCCCUUCAGCUCCGCUCGGCUUUUCUCCGUCAGGCAUCGUCUACUUUCGUCACUCUCCGUCACUCUCCGGCUGCUCCCUACCCCGCACUCCAUGGAGAAAGCCUCAGGGACUUUUCCUGCCCUUAGUCCUUUUCCGUCACUCUCCGAUCCUGCUGUCUCUUCAGUCCCUGGUUAUUUCUGGUCUGCCCGUGAUUCUGUCCUCCUCCCUUCACUCCCGGGAGAGUGGCCUGGUCUCUCCUGAGAGGCCUCUCCCCUCUACCCGGCCUGACUGAUGGUGAUGGUGUCUCGCUCUGUCAUCUAUCACCCAGGCUGGAGUGCAGUGGUGCGAUCUCGGCUCACUGCAACCUCUGCCUCCCAGGUUCAAGCGAUUCUCGCACCUCAGCCUCCCGGUAGCUGGCAUUGUAGCACGACAAGCCACAGAAAUAUUCCUCAGACACCGGGUUAAAGAAAGAAGGGCUUUCUUCGGCCAGGAGGGUCAGCACCCUUGCGUCUUAAGAGCCGAGCUCCCCGAAAAAGGAAUUCCUGGGCCUUUUAAGGGUUUACGACUCUAAGAGGUUCACAUGAAAGGGUCGUGAUAGAUGGAGCAAGCGUGGGGAAUGUGACUGAGGGCUACAUGCAUCAGAUAACAGUACAGAAAGUUUUUCAGUGCUUCCUCAUACAGUGUCUGGAAUUUGCAGAUAACACAAAUAGUUUACGUCUGGGGCUAAUAUUAUUAUUUUAACCACCAGGGCCGGGUGGUGGUGCCAAGGACGUCCAGCUAUUUAUCUUACUUCUCUUUUUUUUUUUUUUUUUUUAGCUUUUUGCUUUCUCCCUUUUUCCCUGUUUUAUAAACUAAGGAAGGGGUGUGGGGAAGGGAACGGCAGCAGGAGAAGUGGUGGUCUCCUUCCUUAGGAUUACAGGCACUGGGCUUCAUUCCUUGCUAAUUUUUCUUUUUGUUUUGUAUUUUUAGUAGACAUGGGGGUUUCACCAUGUUGGCCAGGCUGGUCUUGAACUCCUGACCUCAGGUGAUCGUCGGCCUCGGCCUCUGAAAGUGUUGGGAUUAAAAGCACAAGGCACGGCGCCCAGCCAUGUGUUGGCAAUUUAAUCCCCAAAUUCAUGUCCUGAUUGGAGAUGUGGCCUUUGGGAGGUAAUUAGGAUGAGAUAAGGUCAUUAGGGUGGGUCCCAGUCAUGGGACUCGUGGCUUUAUAUGAUGAGGAAGAGAGACUGGAGCGGACACGCACUCUUGCCCUCUCCUCCCUCGCCCGCACUCUCGCUCUCCCCUCCCCUGCCAUGUGCAGCCCUCCCCAGCCACCAGAACUCGCCCUCCCCUCCCCGGCCAUGAGUGGACACGGACUCCCGUCCUCCCGCUCUCCCGCCAUGUGCCGCCCUCCACUGGGCGGGGAUGCUCUGGGCCAUGUGCUGCUUGGGGUCCAGCGGCCGCGAGCCUCCGCUGCUCCUCGGCCUCGUGGGCCUGGGCGCUGGGUGGGGCCGCGGGUGGGCGUCAGGGGCCAGGCUGGGCUCGGAGGUCUGCAAAGGGGCGGAGAAGACCGGCUUGGGCUCCCCGCAGAGGCUGCCAGGGGGCGGCGGUGCACCACCCACCCGGGUCACCUCGGUGCCACCCAUGCCUGCCUCAGGGCAGGCGGACCCACGGCCCUCCACGCCCUCCCUCGCUCGCGUCCUGCCCGGCUGGCCGCUGUUCGCAUCCUCUGGGUAACUCCGUGGGGUCCCGCCCAUUCGGGCGACUGCCCAGGCUGCAGCCCACCAGCUAAUCUCGGCUAUCUUUCCUCACUCAGUUCUUCGCCUCCACCAGCUUCGGCUCUUUUCGUCACCCCUCUUUACUCCUCGUUCCUGUCCGUCACUUUCCGUCAUCUACGAUUAGGCUCGGCCUGCUGCAUCUUCUCUCAUCUGUGUUGCGCUCUGACAAAUUUCGUGAAUCUUCGUCACUGUCCGUCAGUUUCCGUUACUUUCCGUCAAUUCUCGCCACUUUCCGUCCCUCUCCGUCGCCCUUCAGCUGCGCUUGGCUCUUCUCCGUCGGGCAUCGUCUACUUUCGUCACUCUCCGUCACUCUCCGGCUGCUCCCUACCCCACACUCCGGGUGGAGAAAGCCUCAGGGAGUUUUCCUGCCCUUAGACCUUUUCCGUCACUCUCCGAUCCUGCUGUCUCUUCAGUCCCUGGUUAUUUCUGGUCUGCCCGUGACUCUGUCCUCCUCCCUUCACUCCUGGAAGAGUGGCCUGAUCUCUCCUGAGAGGCCUCUCCCCUCUACCCGGCCUGACUGAUGGUGAUAGUGCCUCGCUCUGUCAUCUAUCACCCAGGCUGGAGUGCAAUGGUGCGAUCUCGGCUCACUGGAACCUCUGCCUCCCAGGUUCAAGCGAGUCUCGCACCUCAGCCUCCCGGUAGCUGGCAUUGUAGCAGGACAAGCCACAGAAAUAUUCCUCAGACACCGGGUUAAAGAAAGAAGGGCUUUCUUCGGCCAGGAGGGUCAGCACCCUUGCGUCUUAAGAGCCGAGGUCUCCGAAAAAGGAAUUCCUGGGCCUUUUAAGGGUUUACGACUCUAAGAGGUUCACAUGAAAGGGUCGUGAUAGAUGGAGCAAGCGUGGGGAAUGUGACUGAGGACUACAUGCAUCAGAUAACAGUACAGAAAGUUUUUCAGUGCUUCCUCAUACAGUGUCUGGAAUUUGCAGAUAACACAAAUAGUUUACGUCUGGGGCUAAUAUUAUUAUUUUAACCACCAGGGCCGGGUGGUGGUGCCAGGGUCGUCCAGCUAUUUAUCUUACUUCUCUUUUUUUUUUUUAGCUUUUUGCUUUCUCCCUUUUUCCGUGUUUUAUAAACUAAGGAAGGGGUGUGGGGAAGGGAACGGCAGCAGGAGAAGUGGUGGUCUCCUUCCUUAGGAUUACAGGCACUGGGCUUCAUUCCUUGCUAAUUUUUCUUUUUGUUUUGUAUUUUUAGUAGAGAUGGGGGUUUCACCAUGUUGGCCAGGCUGGUCUUGAACUCCUGACCUCAGGUGAUCGUCGGCCUCGGCCUCUGAAAGUGCUGGGAUUAAAAGCACAAGGCACGGUGCCCAGCCAUGUGUUGGCAAUUUAAUCCCCAAAUUCAUGUCCUGAUUGGAGAUGUGGCCUUUGGGAGGUAAUUAGGAUGAGAUAAGGUCAUUAGGGUGGGUCCCAGUCAUGGGACUCGUGGCUUUAUAUGAUGAGGAAGAGAGACUGGAGCGGACACGCACUCUUGCCCUCUCCUCCCUCGCCGGCACUCUCGCUCUCCCCUCCCCUGCCAUGUGCAGCCCUCCCCAGC